CUCAUCGACCUCGGGUGCUGAACGGCUCUUCACCUGCUUGCCUUCAUCCCUACAGCCUCCUGGGGAGAGCACCAUGAAAGAGGAUCUGGAGACCCUACUGGCCUUGGAACAGGCAGAAAUAGUAGCCAAGUAUAAUCAGGCACACCAAGCAGGGUCUCCAGUGGAACCUCAGGAAGAUGCUGACCUCUCGCUGUGCAGGGUCACUGACCAUCACGGUUUUCUGCACAAAAAAUGCCAGGAGACCUGGAGAGCAGACAAGCAGGUGAAGAUGCUGUGCAAAUGGGACACAUACCAGCACAGCAAGAAGGACAUCUGGAACAUCUGGACAUCUGGAACAAGCCAGAUCAUGAGGAGGAGAAGCAUCAGGGGCUACCACAAGCGGAUGCAGGGGGGAAUGCCUAGCUACAAAGGGGAGGUUCAGGGUGGAGCUGCUGCUCUGGGGCUGGAUGGGUAAAAAUCCAGGAG